UUUUCUAUCGGUACUCGAGUAUUUCCUAACAAUAACUUCAUAAUCAAUCAAUGAUAUCUAUUCAAAGACCAUCUACGAAAUCUACGAAUAUGCAAAUGAAAUACCAAUUAUUAUGAUACAUACCCUAACAACAACAAGAUAUCCUUACUCCACAUCCAACUAAAUCCGAUCAUUCCCACCACAAUCAAUCAUGUCUAAUCUCGAACCCUCUCACCAAACCUCCAGCUCAAUCAAACUCACUCAACGAGAUGAUCGAUCGAGUCUAAGCAGCAUAUCCCAAAAAGCCAUCAAAACCUUCUCCAAAACCAUCCUCAAAACCCAUCCCCCAGUCCCCUCUGGAUCCCCCCAAUUAACCCCUCACCACUCCACCAAAAAACAUUGUCAGAUAACCGAACAUCAAAUCGCUGAUACAUACAUCUAUACCUAUACAUCACUCUCACCACCCAGCUCUCCAUCAUCCCGAAUCGUCCUCGAUAAAUUAUACUAUUUCGCCGGCGGAGGAUUCAGAAGUGGUGCACUGAAGGAACACUGGGCACUUUGCGCGGAACUCUGCAGGAAAUUACCAGAAUAUCAGAUAAAUCUCGUUAGUUAUCCACUUGCGCCUAAUUCACCCGCUGCUCAUUCGCUUCCGCAUUUAAGGAGGUUUUAUGAUAUGGUUGCUGCGCAGGCGAAAGAUGAUGGGUGUAGGAUUACUUUGAUGGGGGAUUCGGCCGGUGGGAAUAUUGCUUUGGUACUGGGGAUUUAUGGGGCGAAUCUUUGGUUAGAGAAUGGGUAUGGGAUUGAUGAGGUUUGUCCUUUGAGAAAUAUUAUGGUCAUGUCUCCUCCUACCGAUCUCCGAAACACACAUCCGGGAAUCGACGAAAUCGAUGCUCAUGAUCCUAUCUUAAGCCGAACAGUCAUUACCGAAGUUGCAGAAAGAUGGCGUCAUGAAUUAGCAGAAGAUGAUCCUACGGUAUCUCCUCUGCUGGCUGAUUUAAGCGUGUUUAAAAAAGCGAAUGUACAGGUAGAUGGCGUGGUGGGUUUAUAUGAUUGUUUGGCGCCGGAUUCGGUAGAGUUUAGAAAGAAAUUGGAGAGUGAGGGCGUCAGGGGGGAAUGGUUAGAGUGGGAUAAACAGAUGCAUUGUUUCCCUUUGACGUUUUCGUAUCGGAUACCCGAGGGAGUGUUUGGGAAGGAUUGGAUUAUUGAUGUUUUGCGGCGUAAUGUGGAGAAUUCUUUAGAGUAAUUUUUAUUUAUGGAUUUGGUCAUUUUAUGAUCUUUUGUGAUCCAUGUGCAGGUUUGAGUUUCUUCCACUGCAUGGGCAAGCGCCUCUCAUUUAUCUCAUUAUAUAGUAUGAAUAUCCACAUUUCGUCCAUUGAUAUAAGAGCUCGAGUUGUGAGCUAUAUGCAGCACAACACAUCAAACUCAACACCGCAUUUCAAACACCAAACACCAAACCAUUCCCCAACCCCCAUACCACGAAAUCCCCUCUCUAUCCGAAAACAUACCAU